CUUCUCACCGGCGGGGCACCGCCGCGCCUGCGCGGAGCUAGCCGGAGCUGGGCCGGACAGGGGCGCGCGCUCUGUGGGCUGGAUGUCCGGGCUGCGUGCGCUGCUGGGGCUCGGGCUGCUGGUUUCUGGCUCGCGCCUGCCGCGGAUUGGCAGCCAGGCCGUCAUGGCGAGCUCAGUGGUGAAGUACCUAAGCCAGGAGGAGGCCCAGGCGGUGGACCAGGAGCUGUUUAACGAGUACCAGUUCAGCGUGGAUCAGCUUAUGGAGCUGGCCGGCCUGAGCUGUGCCACAGCCAUCGCCAAGGCAUAUCCUCCUACAUCCAUGUCCAGAAGCCCCCCUACUGUCCUGGUCAUCUGUGGUCCCGGGAAUAAUGGAGGAGAUGGCCUGGUCUGCGCUCGACACCUCAAACUCUUUGGCUACCAGCCAACCAUCUAUUAUCCCAAAAGACCUAACAAGCCACUCUUCACUGCACUGGUGACCCAGUGUCAGAAAAUGGACAUCCCUUUCCUUGGUGAAAUGCCAUCGGAGCCUCUGAUGAUCGAAGAGUUGUAUGAGCUGGUGGUGGACGCCAUCUUCGGCUUCAGCUUCAAGGGUGACGUUCGGGAGCCAUUCCGCAGCAUCCUGAGUGUCCUGAGUGGACUCACAGUGCCCAUUGCCAGCAUCGACAUCCCCUCAGGCUGGGAUGUGGAGAAGGGCAACUCCGGAGGGAUCCAGCCAGACCUGCUCAUCUCCCUGACGGCACCCAAAAAAUCCGCAACCCAGUUUACCGGCCGCUACCACUACUUAGGAGGUCGCUUUGUGCCACCUGCCCUGGAAAAGAAGUACCAGCUAAACCUGCCAUCCUACCCCGACACCGAGUGUGUCUACCGCCUGCAGUGAGGGCCGGCAGGCUGCCUUCUCCCAAUAAAGACCCAGCCUCUCCCAGAA